CCCUCUGGGUGGAUACAUGCCGUUUACACACCGUCGGAUAGCCUUGUGUUUGGUGGUAACUUCCUCACUCUCUUCAGCAUUCCUCUUCAACUCCAUGUCUACCGCAUGGAAGUGAGUCAGGAGACGGAGGAGCGUUUCCUCUUCCCCUGCUUCGAAAAACUUCAUUGGUACGCUGCUGAUGUUAUUCUUGGCAGACUAACUAAUUAUUUAUACGCCGGUCAGGACCCUCCACCAUACCUCCUCAAGGCCGCGCACGCUCUUGUUUCACCGCUACGCCAGUGGUAUGAAUUACGGAGGGGUUUACCAAAAGGCGAACGAAAUCAUCACCUCCCCCCUAGGGCCUACUUGCAAUACGCUUAUCCCACCUUGGUGACAAAACUGGAGGAUUUAGUUCAAUCGUUUCUACUAAAGCCAUCUCCUGAGGAGGAUAAAAAAAAGCGACACUCAUUGCCCAGUACUUCAAGACGGAGAUCUCCAUCUGUAGAAAAUCGGAGUGACUCUACUGAUCCACAAGUCUCUGACUCACGAUACGGCACUUCAUCUUACAGACGAAGUCGUGAAGCCGAAGCGGAGGAAGAGGGGGUUACAGAGGAAGUGCUUGAUGCAGUGCCUGAACUUCGAAGUAGUAGAAUCGUUGGCGAUCACUACGUUUUCCCCAUCUCUUCUGCGUCGGAGGAGACUAGGACUAAGAGUAGGGCGUUUAAGCGAAGGAGAACAGCCACCAAAAGUGCUCAAAAAGCCGAGGAUCCCGAUCCCACGUGGUGCGCCGCCUCCCGUGAGUUGCUUUGA